GUAAUAGUCUAACAUAAUAAUCUCCAAUGACAACUAUAAGAAGAAGAAGUCAGCAUACGAUUUAGGAAGAAGUUGGAAAUGAGUUUUGAGGUCGAACAACGUCGAACAACGUUGCACAAGAACGAUGCUUCUGAAGAUGAUGUUGCCGCGUCUCUUUGUGAUAUGUAUAAGCCUGUUGGAAGUUGUGGGAAGAGAUACAUUCAAUGUUCUUUACAUUAUGGCCGAUGACCUGCGACCAUCAUUGGGCUGCUACUCUGAUCCACUUGUAAAAUCGCCAAAUAUCGAUCAACUUGCAUCGAAAAGCAACUUGUUCUCCAAUGCAUAUGCACAGCAAGCAUUAUGUGGACCCAGUCGAACAUCAAUGUUAACAAGUCGAAGGCCAGACACUACGAAAUUGUAUGACAACUCAAAUUUCUACUGGAGAGUCCAUGCGGGCAAUUACACCACCUUCCCUCAGUAUUUCAAAAGCCAUGGGUAUACUACCUUGUCUGUUGGAAAGAUAUUCCAUCCAGGCAUUGUUUCCAACCACACGGAUGACUACCCGUACAGCUGGUCUGUACCAUCGUAUCAUCCUCCCUCUUUCCAUUAUGAAAGGAGGAAGGUGUGCAAAGGCACAGAUGGCAAACUGCAUGAAAACCUUCUUUGUGCUGUCAAUGUUACUGAAAUGCCACUCGGUACCUUGCCAGACAUAGAGAAUACGGAGGAGGCAAUACGGUUGUUGAAGUCAAUGAAAAAAUCAAAAAGUCCGUUUUUCUUGGCAGUUGGAUACUACAAACCACACAUACCAUUCCGAAUUCCUCAGGAAUUUUUGAAGCUUUAUCCCUUUGAGAAGAUGUCUUUACCGCCUGACCCUGAUGUUCCAAAAGGCCUCCCUAGAGUUGCCUACAAUCCUUGGACUGAUAUCCGUGCAAGAGAAGAUGUAAAGGCUCAAAACAUCAGUUUUCCAUAUGGACCUAUUCCAAAGGACUUUCAGCUUCAGAUCCGCCAACAUUACUUUGCCUCUGUGUCCUACGUGGAUGCCCAGGUGGGCAAGCUCUUAAAUGCUUUGGAUGAACAUGGAUUGGCAGAGAACACCAUUGUGGUUUUUACAUCUGAUCAUGGGUGGUCCCUAGGUGAGCAUGGUGAGUGGGCCAAAUACAGCAACUUCGAUGUGGCGACACGUGUGCCAUUAAUGGUGUUUGUGCCAGGGCUGACAUCAGCCAGCCAAGGCGUUGGUGAAAACACUUUCCCAUAUGUGGAUGUAUUUCAGGAACCAAACAAACGCUUCACUUCAGGUCAGGUUGUGAAGUCUGUUGUGGAACUGGUGGACUUGUUUCCCACCAUCUCUCAUCUAGCAGGUCUGCAUGCACCUCACAAAUGUCCCCAACCUGCCAACCAUGUUCAUCUAUGUACUGAGGGUGAAAAUAGAGCUUAUACUUUUUUCCGACCGGAGACCUAUAUCAGUGAGGAGGAAAUGGCAUUUAGCCAGUGUCCACGCCCAGCAGACACUCCCCAGCUCAAUUCAGAUCAGCCACACUUUAAGGACGUGCGAGUACUGGGGUACUCUGUCCGGUCUAGUCAGUACCGUUAUACAUUGUGGGUGGGCUUUCAGCCAGAGAGUUUCUAUGCCAACUUGUCAGAUGUCCAUGCCAGUGAGUUGUACCUUCUUGCUGAUGACCCAGGUCAGGACCACAAUUUAUAUGGAUUUAAGGGUUAUGAGCUGCUGUCACACAGUCUAGGUAAAUUAAGUAGCACUGGUACUAUGCCACGAUGGACAGAGGUUCUUCGAAAACAUAUCUCUCAAAUAUCUCAUAAAUCUCUAAACUCUGACUCCAGGGGAAUAUUUUAAGCAGGAGUCCAGCUCAAACAACUUAAGAUUCCCAGAUGAUGUGAAUAUAUAUCAGUAUGUGCACACUCCUUAAUCACCAAUAAACUGUUACAAUGUGAA